AUGGAUCAUGAGGAGUUCCGAGCUGCGGCCCACUCGGCAAUUGAUGACAUACUCGCAUAUUUUGACAGCGUGCCCGACCGAAGAGUCCUCCCCGCAGUGGAUCCAGGGUAUCUACGGCCUCUGAUCCCCGAGAACCCUCCAGUGGAAUCGGAAUCUUGGGAUCAGAUUCAACAGGAUGUCGACACGAAGAUAAAGCCCGGGUUGACGCAUUGGCAGUCACCAAACUUCAUGGCAUACUACCCGGCCAGUGUUACAUAUCCCAGUAUUCUUGGAGAGAUGUAUUCCGCCGCGUUUACUGCACCCGCAUUCAACUGGCUGUGCUCUCCAGCAUGUACAGAGCUGGAAACCAUUGUCAUGGACUGGGUCGCAAAGGCACUGGGGCUACCGGCUUGUUUCCUGAGUACCUCAGAGAACCUCGGAGGAGGGGUAAUCCAGAAUAGCGCCAGCGACGCCAUUGCGACGAUUAUGGUUGCUGCACGAGAGAGACGAGUACAUGAGUUAGUCUUGGCGGAAGGUCUGAAGGAAGGUACCAUCGAGUACGACGAGCGUAAGAUGGAUCUCCAGCCACGGUUGGUGGCUAUCGCGAGUGAUCAGACCCAUAGCAGUGCAGCUAAGGGUGCGUUGAUUGCUGGCACAAGGUUCCGCAGUGUAUCAACUCGGCUAGAGGAUGAUAUGGCAAUGACCGCGUCUCGUUUGCGCGAGGUGUUGGAAAAGUGCGAGGAAGAUAGAUUAACUCCAUACCAUUUGACUUUAACCUUUGGCACAACCAACACUUGCAGUGUCGACCACUUUGCGGAGAUCAAGGCUGUGCUACAAGAAAAACCUGAAUGGCAGCGCAUUUGGGUACAUGUAGAUGCUGCAUAUGCAGGUGCAUCUCUUGUUGCGGACGAGUGGCAAUAUAUUGCCAAAGACUUUGCCGAGGGUGUCGACAGCUUCAACACAAACAUGCACAAGUGGUUGCUGGUUAAUUUUGAUGCAAGCGUUUUAUUUGUCCGAAACCGGUUCGAUCUCACCAAUGCUCUCGACAUCACCCCGACAUACCUUCGGAACCCGUACUCUGAUAUGGGCACCGUAAUCGACUACCGCAAUUGGUCUAUCUCACUUGGUCGUCGCUUCCGAGCUCUGAAGAUCUGGUUUGUCAUGCGAAGUUACGGUUUGAAUGGCAUGAAAGCACACAUUCGCAAGACGAUUAGCCUCGGAAGCACCUUCGCUGAUCUUGUCCGCGGUCGCUCCGAUUUAUUUGAGACUGUCACCAAGCCUGCUUUCUGCCUGACCGUCUUCCGCAUCAAGAAUCCUGAGAUGUCAAAUGGUACCAGUGGAGCUGUCUGUAGCAAAGAUGAAGUGGCGGAUGGGAUCACAAAGAAGGUUUAUGAACUGAUAAACACCCGGGGUGAGAUAUUCAUCACCUCGACGGUAAUUGAUGGCAUCUAUGUGAUUCGCGUGGUGAGCGCAAACCCGAUGGCAGAGGAAAAGUAUGUUCGCAACGCCUUUGAUAUAAUUGUUCGCACUACCGAGGAAGUUUUGCAGGAGAAACCAUAG